AAACAGUUUUUGUUGAGUUCAAAUGGGUUAUUUCAGCCCCGAUAGGCUUCGGAGACGGUCGAGAUUUAGCGACCCUUGACAAGAAUGGUAAUUCCAUGAGGCAAAUAAGUCUCAAAGAACGAAUCCAACUUGGCAUUUGGAACACCAAUAUGCACUCAAAUGCCAUCGUGCUUGGCGAUAUAGACAAUGACCCUCAGCGCGACAUAGAACUUGCGAUUGGCAGCUUCAGAGGGGACGUUCAUAUUUUCAAGGGCCGACACAAGAAAAUUUGGAGAUAUUCGUCUGGUCUUGGAAGCAUAAGCUGCAUGACGCUGGGAGACAUAGUCGGAAAUGGAAGGAAUUCCUUAGUAGUGAUUACGUGCGAUGGGAUGUGCCAUGUGCUACAAGUUUCAUGUCAAGAAACAUCAAGGCCGGCGGAAGCGGGGGGUCAUUCUGCGCGCUUCAAAAAGAGUGGAGAUGGGGUAAAAAUGCACGCGGCAACAGUUGAUCUUGACUCGCCCAAACAUGAGGAGAAGACUGCUGUCGUAGAUAGCAAUCAAGUGUUUAAAGCGAACGUUCGUCAUGACAAUGGAUCCCCCAGCGAAAUCAAAGAGAUUUCGCCUGCCUCUCACCAGGAACCAAGUUUCCCGACUGAUUCCCCGCGCCAAUCCGAAUCUGAGCAUGACAAGUCGAGGGAGUUCGCAGAGUCUCGUAGCUGUUCGAAUCGAGUCCUUCCCAGCUACCAUUGGCCGAUCGCCAGCGAUGCGAGCUGCGCCACCAUCCACGAUGUCGACGAAGACGGUCAGAAUGAAUUGGUAAUCGGAUGCAACGACAAAACUGUGUACAGCUACACCGUGGUCAAGGUGUUGGAAUCUUCUGGCCGAGAAACGCUCAAACUCCGUCAAAAAAACAAAUGGCGUCUAUUUAACCUGAUCAGUUCUUUGGAUAUUUUUUAUGACAAUUCUCAACAUGUCAACCUAUUGGUUUCACAACAAGGCGAGUAUUACGUUAUCAUCGAUCAUAAGGGAAAUAUACAGCACAGAAAAAUCGAUGUUUUAGAGCCAAUAGACAGCAAAAAGGACAAUCUCAACGCCAACAUCGUCGAUCCACCUGUUGAAAUUGCCUGCAUACAGUCGUCUUCUACGCCUCAACGCAGCCCAGAUGGCUCUGUUCAAAGUUCCCCGUUGCUCGCAAUGGCCAGUCUAGACGGUCGCGUGAAGCUCGAGCAAAAUGGAAAAGUAAUAUGGGAAAAACGCCUCUAUCAGACAUUGCUUGGCCUUCGCAUUUGCGAUCUGAUCGGAGAUGGCCGCCCGGAAGUUAUAGUGUGUACAUGGAGCGGAAGAGUGUUCAUAUUUGAUUUGGAAGGGAAUGAAGUCGAAGUUCAGCUCGAGGACAACGCGGAAGCAAACUGCAAAACUCAACAUCACCAUGUUGUACGCGCCUUUAUCGCGGGUAACUAUUCAAUUGACGCCGGAAAAGCUGUUCCGUGCCUUAUUCACGUCGCCUCCGAAGUGAUCAUUCACCACAAUUUAGGCAUCCGCUCGAUUCCUAUGUACGAUCUGAUCUCGGUGACAAACGACGAAAUUCAAAAAUAUGACAACCUGAAACGCGAUAUCAACUUCUCUGAAUGGAACGGCAAAGAACAAGCUGCUUUUGUUCAAUUUCUCUUGUACAGCGAUAUUUUUAGUAGCGCCUUGAAAACAUACAAAGCUCAGCCGAAAAGAACUGAGGAACACCCCCAUUCUCGCGAAGACGUAGGCGCUGACAAACAACAUCCCUAGCCGAAAAGCCUCACUCUGCACGCAGUUUCAUGGGCGCUCUUAAAACUAGUCAAUUAAAAACCGAAUUGAAAAUUUAACGGUUAUUUUAACGAAUGCAAUAUAGAAACCUUCAUAGUUAAACGUUUUUAGAAACAUUUUUUACUGGAGUCUGAACGCCUCUAGUUGCUAGAGUGGUCUGUUCCGUGAUCUAUCCCUCAUCUUUGUCUAGACAGCAGUUCUAUGAAUAGCGGUAUUUUAUCAAAAAAUGUACCUGGCGGACCUAUGUAGCAGCAAAGACCCACCGGUUACUCAAAAUUUAGCUGCUCCAGAAGGUCCGUCUAAGAGUGGCCUACCUCCAGAUGAGAGGCCUAGCAUUGUUCUGGACGUUAAGCAGUCGGAUGGAUCUACUUUGCCAGAGAAAUUCUACCUAGGGCCCGUCCUUGGAAAAGGCGCGUAUGCAUUAUGCAUGGAGGUCACAAAUUCAAAAACCAACAGUGUUUACGCCUGCAAGAUGUACAGCCGAUCAAAGCUGGCUACCCCGACCUCAAAGGAUAGAGUGUUGAGAGAGCUUCGUAUACAUCAAGGUCUUCGUCAUCAGCAUAUUGUAAAAUUUUUUUUUUGGGGACUAAAUGCCGAAAGUAUUUAUUUUAUAUUAGAAAAAUGCAAUAACAACAGUUUGAGGCGCCUGCUUAGCGUUCGAAAAAUUCUAAAUGAAAGCGAGGCUAGAUACUUCCUUCGCCAGUUGCUCCUGGCAGUCAACUUCCUUCAUCAAAAAAGAAUAUGUCACCGAGACUUGAAGCUGGACAAUAUUUUCUUGCACGACAUGACAGUUAAGUUAGGAGAUUUUGGAUUUUCUAUUAUACUAAGAAACGGGGAAAUGACUAAAACGUUCUGUGGCACGCCAAAUUACAUUGCUCCGGAGGUUUUGAAUUCGCUUGAGUACAGCCUGCCCAUAGAUGUUUGGGCAAUUGGCGUCAUUUUGUACUCGAUGCUCUACGGAAAGGGUCCCUUUGAGAUGAAGACGGCAAAGGAGACUUACCUUAGGAUCAAAAGUAACAAGUACAGUUUUUCAGGCAAAACUGAUGUGUCAGAAGAGGCCAAAAAUCUGAUCAAGUCUUGCCUUGACCCAGACCCAGCCAGGAGGCCUCUUUGUUCAGACAUUCUCUUGCAUCCGUUUCUCACAAAAUUUGGCGUCCCUAAAUCGGUUCCUUUGGUGCAGUUGAACCAGCUGGGGCCCAGCAAAGUCAGAAGGCCGCUCACAGACAUUGCCAACAUUUGUUCUGCGGACAAAAAUGACCCUUGUCAAGAACGUCCACAUAAAAAAAAGUUUUUGGACCAAAACUUGUGCACACCCAAACAAGCGCAUCAGACUGCAGUCAAACCAGUUCCUGUAGAGAAGAAAUGCUCUGUCCGUGCGCAUCGUCCUGUUACGUGUACACCAUGGAGCCGAUCUACUUACGACGAGAAUAUCAAGCGUAUUUACAACAGGAUUCAGAAAAUUAUUAGUUAUGCUGAGUCGUUAUCGCCCGGUACCACCGAAGUCAACGAGCAGUCGCCAGAGAAAGAAUCUGAUAAUUCUGACAUACUGAAAAGGCAUCUUUAUUUUGGGCACCAUUGGAUCGUGAAGUGGGUUGAUUAUUCUCAGAAAUUUGGUAUUGGAUAUCAACUUUGCAACGGCACAAAGGGUAUAAAGCUCAAAGAUCACACGUCUAUUACGGAUCAUCCAGAUAAGCAAACCAUAGUCUACACAAAAUUUGCAAAUAGAACGUCGUCGUCUGGAGCAGGGAACUUAUUGAUAAGAGAGACUUUAGACGUGACACAAGACCAGUCGUCUGAGCAUUCUGAGUCGAUCAAAAUGCGCGCUCGUCUUUUGGCAAUUUUCUCUUCUUAUAUGUCCAAUCUUCCAUUUAGCAGUGGUCUAGAAAUUCAGUGUAAGGGUUCAUCUGGAACUCAGGUGCCCGAAGUUAGCCUUUUGGGGUGGACCAAGAGCACGCAAGCAAUUUGCUUUAUCCUUACUAACUAUACUGUGCAAGUAAACUUCUUUGAUCAUGUGAAGAUAGUGUUAAGCUUGCCGGAUUUGGAGAAGGAUCCCUUCGGCAUUGAAGUCAUUACUUUAGUACAAGAGGGAGGAGUCGUUCAUAGUCACGUAGUGGACAGCUUUAUUAAGAAAGGCCUGAUUACUCCGGAAGUAGCGAAGAGGUUGCACUUAGUCUCCAGUUUGCUUAUGCAGUGCUCUGUCGGAGACAGUUAGAAUCGGGGGUCGUUGAAUGCACAGAGAAGGUACGACGUGUGCAUGCACCAAGUGAUUGGUAGGGUUUGUAGAGUACUAGAACAAGAGAGAACUUUUUACGGAUUUGUAUACGAAAGGGGACAAGGUUUUUUCCUCCUGUGUACGUGGGCAGGUGGUUCGAGGUCCGAAUUGUUUUUUAUUUGAUUCGUUGAUAGCAGAUGCGCUUUUAUCAUGUUCAGAGCAGCUGGUCCGGGUUUCCCUCUUACCUUUUGGAUUUCACUUGGCGCGACGUGUAUAGGAAUAUUGUGGAGUUGGGUGUUUGACUACGAUGGCAGGUUUUCAAAGUGCUUCAUAGACCGUUUUGACGUUUCUAUUCCCCAAGCAGGGAGGAUGGCGUCGGUUAUUCUUUCUGUAUGCACUCGUUUAUUGAUUUUUUCAUUGUACGGUAUAUUGGUGUUGAUGGACACAAAGAAUCUAUACAAGGUGGCAUUGGUCUCCAACUUUUCGAUAUCCUAUUACUACUUGGUUUUCGUUUUGAGGUAUUUUCAUGGCGAUUAUACCUGUUCCAGAAGAGGGAAGCCGAACGGUAUUUCUGGUCAUUUUUUCUUUUACGUGUUUGAAGUUUGGACGCUGUUGUUAUUAUCAGGUACGCCCGAGACAUGUAGCGAGCGGUGUUAUCAGGAUGGAGAUACGGCUUCUAGAGUUGGCGCAAGCAAAGUGGACAGGGCUGUUCUGGAAAGAGCAGAGACAAAGAGAAAUGCAUGCUCGACAGAGGAGAGUCGCAGAGCGAGUGACUGCUGGGGCGAAAGUUUGAACAAUGUUAGUGAUAGGGGAAGGAGUGUCUAUUGCAACGUGUUUCGUCCUUGUUCGCAAUUGGGAAAAAUGUAUAGUUUUCUGUAUUUAUCGUUUGUCGUUCUAAGUUCAGCUGUGUUAUUUAGAACAUGGAGAUAUGGGUUUCAUUCGCUAGAUCAGAUUUUGAAUGGCGUAUUCUUUGGCUUGAUAGGACACGUUGCAUGUGCCAAGUUGCUCUUUUAUUCUAGAUCUUGGAUAACUGCUGGUGGUCAGGCGGACCGUUUUAGCUGGGGUCGCUACAAAAAAAACGGCUUUUUUUGGAUUUAUUCUCUGAUUUGUUUCAUUCUUUAUUGGAUUCACAGCGUUCUUUCGAAGAUUAA